UAUACUACUGAAUACUGGCAUACUUUUAGGAUCACAUUGUCGAUUUAUUCACUCGUGUUUUUCUCGCCUGCAUUUGCUGCAAAAACUGAAAACAAGCAACUCAAUCUCAUUAAUCCUACCAAUUAAACACGUAUCCUUUACCCCCAAACAUCCAGAGACUUAAUGCAAUAUCAUUUACAAGGCUCAGUUAUAAAUUUAAGUGAAGUAUAAUAUCGCAAGAUACUAGAGAUAAGUGAAAAGAUGGCGAAAAACAAAAGUACUGUCUACCUUGGCUUUGAGGAUGAGGAAAUUACCAGCAAACAUGGAUCCAUAUUAAAUAGCACAGUGAAUAAAAUCGGUGGAACACCUGAUUGGCCCACUGGUGAGAUAAAAGUGCCUUCGUGUCCGCUCUGUGGCACAGCACGUCCAUUGAUCGUACAACUUUAUGCCCCCUUGGAGCAGUCCAAAUUUCACCGUACUCUGUAUGUAUUUGCAUGUUUGAAUCCGGCUUGUUCCCAAGAUUGUAAGAGUUGGCUGUGCAUUCGUACGCAGCAUUUGGACACACCAAGUGAGGCAGAAUUAAUAAAUGCAGUGCCUCCACCUCUGACAGCCGGUGGAGGUGGUGGAAAGAAAAAGAAAAAUUAUAAACAGGCGGCAAACGCAAUGCAACCGCAAAAAAUUGCUUGGUGCAGCGGUGCAGAUGACUGGGGUGAGACUGUGGAGGAGAGUUGCACAGUGGCCGACAGUGGCGUAGAGCGUAUGGAUACAGGUGCUGAUGAAUUACAACAUCAGAAUGAAGAAAACGGCAAUGUGGUUGGCAAAAAUGAUAACUCACCCACGCGUGCUGUGCAUUUACCACGUGCAACCGACUCGGGUAAUAGUGAUGCUGAUGAGGAUGAGGAUGACGAUGAGAGCAAUUCAAUGGAUAACGAACUGGUUUAUGGCUUUGGCCAGCUAGAUAUGCAUUCACCACAAAAUGCUGCUGAGGAUCCCAAUGCUAAUUGUGCGGCUGGCAAUGCGGCAGCCGCAGCUGCUGUGGAAGGCGGUGCGAUGAUGGGAUUUGGCGGCGCUACCGCUACCAUCUGCGCCGAAAUCGAGGGCGCUGAAACGGAUGUGGUGCUGGUGGAGACACCUGUAAAGCCUGAACGUGACUUGAUUGCACUUUUGAAACAUACUGCAACACCUGCGGCGCUUGGUCCACUCGCCAAAAUUUCCGAUGUCACUAUAAAACCAUUCUUUAUCGCAGUGGAUAUGGAGCAGCGCCAUAAACGUGGUGAAUAUGAAAACUAUUGUGGCGCGCUAUCAGCGGAUCAUAUACGUGAACUAUACCAGGAGUAUAAGCGGCAGGACGAGGCGGCACAUUCUCCGAAUGGUGCUGGCGCAAUUGGUGGUGGUGUUGCUGCUGCCGGUGAUGAUCAGGAGGCCUAUGAGAAAGCUUUACCAGCACAUGGUGAUAUAAUUUUCCAUCAAUUCGUUAGUGUCAUACAGGAAAACCCAGGACAAAUCAUUAGGUAUUCACGUGAUACACUACCCCUCUUGAUGGGUCCACUAUCCGAACCAAUACCAAAGUGCGUCAACUGCAAUGGCGAAACCAUAUGUGAGAUCCAAAUUCUGUCUACACUCAUACCAAAGUUGCGUUUGGCGCAAAACAGCGAACCGGCACCCAUAGAAUAUGGCAACGUUUUGGUAUUUACAUGCCUAAAAUGCUGUUGGGAUACACCAGACAAAAUGCGCUACGAGCGUGUUAUCGUACAAGCCGAACAAUAAGUUGGCGUCGAAGUAAACUCGUGAAGAUUCUUGAAUAGCUCAUUGUGGAUCCUAAUAACUAGCGGAAUGCUUGAUUUUAUUUGUGAAUUCCUUAGGUUUAGCUUACAAUUAAACUAACUAAAGUACCCGUAUUUAGGUCGGACGACAUAUUACAAUGAAACUAUUGAAACGUUAAAUUACGAAAGUAUGUACCUAGAUGCGUUUACAAAGUGAAACUACUUCAAUUAAAAAUCUUAUAAACACCCUCUACAUGCAUACAUUUAGUGUAGUAUAUAUAUAAAUACUAUGUAUAUUAGUCCACGUUGCUACAACGAACGCAGGACCUUUUAAAAUAGCAAAAGAAAAAAUAUGAGCAAACAAAAAGCUUAUUUACCAGUUGAAAGUUUUAAAUUAUAACCAGCAGCAAUUUCAGUAAAGAUCAUUGUAGCAUAAAAUUUAAGAAUAAUGUAAAAAUAAUUUCAGAAAUGAUUAGAUAAUAGGUUUCUCUCAGCGAGUUAGUUUUAGGAACAAAGCGAAGCUUGUCAAUUUUAAUAAUCUAUUUCAAAUCAAAUAAAACUAACGACUUUCGAAUUAA